AUGUCAAAUCUUGGAGAUAACUUGUCUGAUGUUGCUGAUGUUGAAAUGCAUGAUACCCAAGAAAAUGGGACUGUAUCUUCCUCUGUAAAAAAAAGAACUUCUCCAAUUUACAAGUUAUUUACUUUUGGAAAAGAUGGAAGGUGGCAUUAUAAAUCUACUACAAACCUUCAUAAUCAUAUUAAAAAAGUCCAUCCAUUAA